AUGGCAUACAAUUUGUCAGAAGGAUCACUUGAGGUGAUAAUGAAAGGCGGUCAUUAUGAUAAACCAAUCAUGCAAGUAUUAGGUAGUAAAAAAAUUCAAGGUCAUGGAUCAGGUGAAAGAUUCAGACUUCUAUUAUCUGAUGGCAAGCAUUCUCACAGUUUUGCCAUCCUUGCAACUCAGCUUAAUGAUAAACUGAUUUCUGGGGAGUUGUCUGAUUAUGCUGUUGUUCAAAUUGACCGAUUUGUUCUUUCUAUUUUAACUAAUGAAAAGAGUGAAAAAGUGGUGAUAGGUAUGUAUUCUUAA